AUGGCCGUGUCCGCCGUGUCCGUCUGCUCCAGCGACCUGAGCUACGGCAGCCGGGUCUGCCUGCCCGGUUCCUGCGAUUCCUGCCCCGACUCCUGGCAGGGGGACGACUGCCCAGAGAGCUGCUGCGAGCCCCCCUGCUGCGCCCCCAGCUGCUGCGCCCCGGCCCCCUGCCUGACCCUGGUCUGCAGCCCAGUGAGCUGUGUGUCCAGCCCCUGCCAGUCAGUCUGCACCAGCACCUGCACGCCCUCGUGCUGCCAGCAAUCUAGCUGCCAGCCGGCUUGCUGCACCCCCUCCCCCUGCCAGCAGGCCUGCUGUGUGCCCGUAUGCUGCAAGCCCGUGUGCUGUGUGCCCGUGUGCUGCAAGCCCAUGUGCUGUGAGCCUGUGUGCUCUGGAGCUUCCUCUUCAUGCUGCCAGCAGUCUAGCUGCCAGCCAGCUUGCUGCACCCCCUCCCCUUGCCAGCAGUCCUGCUGUGUGUCCGUGUGCUACAAGCCUGUGUGUUGCAAGCCUGUGUGCUGCAAGCCCAUCUGCUGUGAGCCUGUCUGCUCUGGGGCCUCCUCUUCAAGCUGCCAGCAGUCUAGCUGCCAGCCAGCUUGCUGCACCUCCUCCCCCUGCCAGCCGUCCUGCUGCAGACCUUCCUCCUGCGUGUCCCUCCUCUGCCGCCCCGUGUGCAGACCUGCCUGCUGUGCCCCCGCCUCCUCCUGCCACCCCAGCUGCUGCCGCCCAGCCUCCAGCGUGUCCCUCCUCUGCCGCCCUGCCUGCCCCCGCCCAGCCUGCUGCAGCUUCUCUUUGGGCCAGAGGUCCAGCUGCUGA